UUUAAAUUUUGGAAAAUAAUAGCAUUUUUAUGAAAAAACAAAUUUGAAAAAUUUAAAUGCAAUUUUGUGAGCUAAGUAUUCAAGAAGUUCAUCUUGGAGAAUCAAAAAUUAAUUUAAUGUAUACCUAAUAAUCUUAUACUUAGAUUAAAAUUUUUUAAAAAUUUUUGGAUAUUCGUUAUUAAAUGUUUAAUUACACAUUAAUAUUCUAAUCACACAUUUGUACGUAUGCGGAUGGUAGCUAUUUGCCGCUUCGAUUCACUGCAUUCAUUUAUUUUGUUUAAUGACAUUUUGUUUUGAUUGUUUUUAUCGUUUAAUAUGUGAAAAUAUAGAAAAGUACAGAUAUUUCAAAAUAUAGAAAGUCAAUUUUUGGAUUUACUUAAAACUUAACUGAUUAAAAAUGAAGUUGUACAAGUUGUACGUUCAUCAAAAAUCUUUUAGCUCGGCUGAUUUGGUGAUAAAUCCGAAAGAUUUACCAGAAGCAAAAAUUGGAGAUGUGGUUGAAGUAUAUCAUCCUGAAGAUGAAGGUUCCAGACUUCUUUUACAAAUCACAUUAUUAAGUGACGAAGUAAAGAGUCGCGAGGAAACUAUUAGUAUUGAAUCAACUGUUGCUCAAGCUUUUAAUUUGAGAACCUUUUCUGAUGUCAUUAUGAGAAUUGUGAAUCCAUCAGCCGUGGCUUUGGAUUCAGUUGAAAUAACAUUUAAAGAUCAAUAUAUGGGACGAUCUGAAAUGUGGCGCUUGAAAACAUACUUGACAAACACUUGUAUAUACAUGAAUAAAAAAGUGGAAUUUUGUGAUGGUUGUAUACGAUGUCAAAUUUAUGAAAUGUGGUCCCAAGGAGAGCGUGUUACAUGUGGAGUGAUCAGCGAGGAUACAAAAGUUGUGUUUCGCAGUAGUACAUCAGGCGUUUAUUUGUUUAUUCAAAUGUCUUCCGAAAUGUGGGACUUUGACAUUUAUGGUGAUUUAUAUUUUGAAAAAGCUGUUAAUGGUUUUUUAAGUGAUUUGUUUAUGAAAUGGAAAAAAUUGGUAUCAAAUCAUGAAGUUACAAUUGUAUUGUUCUCAAGAACAUUUUAUACAGCGAAAAGUUUAGAAGAAUUUCCUGAUCAUAUGAGAGACUGUCUUCAAAAAGAUUAUAAAGGAAGAUUUUACGAAGAUUUUUAUCGUGUUGCAAUACAAAACGAAAGAAAUGAUGAUUGGAAUACCGUUUUAGUACAGUUAAGGAAAUUAUUUACGUCGUAUCAGGCAAGCGUACUGCGUUAUCACGAUAGAGAACAUGUUUAUGUCCCUCCAGCCAUAAAUUCAACUGCAGCCCAAGGAAAUUUUUUAGAAGUUUUGAAUAUUUCAUUAAAUGCUUUUGAAAAACAUUAUUUAGACAGAAGUUUUGACAGAACUGGUCAAUUAUCUGUUGUUAUAAGCCCUGGCGUAGGAGUAUUUGAAGUGGAUAGAGAAUUAACGAACAUAACAAAGCAAAGAGUGAUUGAUAACGGUGUUGGAAGUGACUUAGUUUGUGUAGGAGAGCAACCAUUACAUGCAGUUCCUUUGUUAAAGUUUCAUAAUAAAGAAACAAACUUAGCUGCUGAUGACUAUUCUUUACCACAUUGGAUAAAUUUAAGUUUUUAUUCUACAAAUAAGAAGGUAGCCUACUCCACAUUUAUUCCCCGCAUCAAACUUCCUCCAUUGGUUCCUACAAACGAUAAUGAAAAUGACAAGGAAAAUUCAAAAAUCAAAUUUUUAAGUUGCAAUCAAUCAGAUUACAUUCACAAUUCCCUAUUUGAUUAUGAUGCAUAUGAUGCUCAGAUAUUUCAAUUACCACCAGCUCAAGGCACUUGUUCGCUACAGAGAGUAAUCCGAGCUAAAAAAACAUCGGUUCCAAGUUUAGAAACUACUUCCUCACAUGAUUGGGAUAUUUCUACAACACCUAAAUUUUCUGCUUUACGUAGAAAAAUGUCAGAUCCAGAUAUUCAUUUUGGUGUUUCUGGAGUAUUAUCAACAUUAGUAGAUUCAACAAAUUUAUCAGAAUCUUUAAUAUCAGAAAAAAAUGUUCGUAGAACUAUUAUAGCUAGUAAAAACCCCAUUAUAAGACCAGGACGUGCCUUAAUUAAUCCUUUUGAUCCAUCACAUGUUACUAUUAAAUUAACAUCAAAUCGAAGGAGGUGGACUCAUAUAUUUCCAAAAGGACCUACCGGAGUUUUAAUACAACAGCAUCAUUAUCAAGCUAUUCCAGCAGCUAAUAAUUAUCAACAAAUUUCCGAUUCAAAAUCAUUUAGCUCUGGAUUCAAUUCUUCUGAAUAUGAGCACACUGCAACAUGUUUUUCGAAUUGUUCCGAUGAUAUAUUGAACGAUUCUUCCCGAAGAAAAAUGAAUAUUUUGAACACGAGUGCAACUCUUCCUCAAACAAAUUCAGUUUCAUCAAAAGCUUUAACAUAUCUUUGGGGAGCUACCGGUGAACAAGAAUGGACUCCAGCUCUUACGACUGUACUCAGCCAAAAGCGUAAUAAAAAAAUUUCUCAAGAAGAAUCUAAAAAAUUGGAGCCUUCAAAAACUAAAGGAGAAGUAAUUAUAGGAGUUGAUUGGAAAUCUUUAACAAUACCAGCUUGUUUACCAAUCACAACCGAUUAUUUUCCUGAUAAACGAUCUUUGGAUAAUGAUUAUGUUAUAUCAGAUUAUACACUUUUACCAGAUGAUGUUAAUGCUGAUUUUGCAAAUUGUCGGGCAGUUUAUCGAAAACCACUUACAACUGAAGAAGUUUUUAAAGAAAUUGUUUCACAACGUUUAGCACAAGGUUUUCAAUUGAUUGUUUUAGAAGAUAAUAAAAAUACUAGUCCACCACAAGCUCCGUGUUGUGGUGGAAAAAAACAAGUGCCGACAUCAGUAUUGAAAAUAAAACCACCUACAGAAAAAACAAUGGAAUAUUUGCUAUCAAUUGGAAGAAUUUUUCAUAAAAUAUCUUUAAGUGGCUCAGUAAUUACAGUAACUGGUUAUAGACCAAGACAUCCGUAUCCGCCAAUUAAAGUCGACUACCGUUAUCGAUUCCAUGCCCCGCAACAUGAUACAUAUGAAAUAUCUGGAGCUAAUUUUACAACAGAAAAAUUAGAAAAUUUUAAUUGGAAUUUUAUGGAUCAUUACAUAUGUACCCGGGGAGACACUGAUUAUCCAUUAUUUGAUGCACUUAAAUAUUGGCGUUAUAGAAUGUAUUUGUUACCAAAAGAACAUUUGGCAAUGAAAAAAAUAUUAGAAGGUGGUUCACAAAGAUGUGAUAUUUAUACAGAAAUUUCAAAUGAAGAUCCAAAACAACAGAUUGAGGAAUUCAUAAAAUUUUUAGAAACUCAUUUAAAUAAAUUAAAAAGAGUACAAUGUCGUAAAACAAGAGAAAGUUCGUCAACACAAUCGCAUCUAACUAGAAGAAGGCACAGUACUAGCAUUAUUACGAGAGCUCCGCCAAAUCAGGGAUUAGCAAAUUCACCAUUUCGUGAGCGAGUCGGAAGCAAUCGUUUACCAGAUAGAAGGCCAAGUAUUUUAACAAGAGCUGGUUCAAAACCAUUAGAACGUGGUAGAAUAUCACCAGCAGCUGAAGCAUCUACAAUAACAUUAACAUCUGAAAUGACAAAUUCAAAUGAAGAUAAUGAUGAUGCAUUCUUUAUGGAAAGUAAAUUAAAAUCAACAGCAACAUUAACAGAAAUAUUUGAAGCAUUCAAACAUCCAAUUAGUGGUGUUGGAUUUUUAAUGUCGGUACCAAGUUUACCAUCUGGAACAUUUGUGUCACUAGAUGCUGUUAAUUGGUUAAAAAAUAAAAUAGAAGGAAAUUUAAGGGAUCCAUUAGAUAUAUUAGAGAAUAUGAGAAAGGAAAGAAUGAUUUGUCAUGCAUCUGGAAAUUGGGAAAAACCUAUAAUUGUAGGAUUCUACCUAUACUAUGUUGUUAUUCAAGAUAAAACUUCAAAAGAUUAUACUCCACCACUGGGAGAUUUAAAUGCAUUCGAAAAUGAAUGGAUGGAAGUUGAAGUAAAAGGUUAUGAUUGUGGAGAAACAGUAAAAUCAUCGAUUCCAAAUUUUCUUAAAGAUAAACCGGCAUCAAAAAAUUGGAGCAAAGAUAGAAAUUCCAUUGUUUAUAAGCAUUCUCAUUUAGAAAUAGAUUCUACUAAAAAAAGUGAUAGAAUCGAAUGGGGUCAUGUUAAAUAUCAUAGUAUUAUGAUGCCUGGAAAUGCUUUUGAGAUUGUUGUACAAUGGGUUACAGCUUCCGGUCCGAUAGUUAAUGAUUUGAUAUCAGGGUGGACACGUAAGGCACCAAUGUGUGGCUUUCAGUUGGUCCCUAUACCAGCAGAUCCUUUAGCUGAACCAUUUACAGAAAAAUCUGAUCCACUUAGAGGACCAAUUUUUAUUCCCUUGAAUACCGAUUGUUUAAAACAAAGAGAUUAUCUUUUUGAAGAAUUUAAUGAGGAAACACGCUCUGAAAGGAUGUUACUGUUCCAGGAGGCAAUAUUAGCGAGAUUUGGUUUUAUGCCUUGCGUUUUGCAAAAUAAAUCUGGUUUUCAAAAAGAUAUACCUAAAGAAUAUCAGUAUGUUCAUUGUUCUGGUAAUAUGUUUGUUUUAAUAAGAUGUUUGACAUCAAAUAACGUACCAACAGAAUUUCCAAAUAAUUCUCAAGAGUCAUACGUUACACGUUUAGUUUAUGGCCACACUUACAAUACAAAUAUACCUAAGAAAGUUGGAUUUUUGUGGUCUUGGAAUCAUAUGAUUGCUAAUAAAAAGUGGAAAUCUUUAAUAAUCAACUGCUCACAAGAAGGAGAAUUAUUUCAACUACGAAUGUUGAAAGAUUUUAAAGAAUUCUGUUCAAAUCAAGAUCAAAGACUUAAAAAUUUUUGGGAUAAAUGUUGGGAUAUGAGAAAAAAUUCUGUAAUAAUUGAAAACGACGAAGAAACUAACUAACUAGAUUUUUUUUAUAAAAAUAUUUUCAUUUAUAUAAUUUUUUAUUCAAAUUUUUUAGAUAAUAAGAAUAUAGUUAUUUGUUAAAGAAUAAAAUGAUUUUUUAUAAAAUUUA